ACUCUCUCUCUCUCUCUCUCCCUAUUCAAUUCGAUCUCUUCGAAUUUUUAGGUCUUCAAAGAAGAUCAAUUCAACUACGAAAAAUGGAUUUUUCCAAUUUUAAUUCUCUCUCUCUCUUCUUGUUUGUAAUCUUCUUUGUAAACGUAUUAUCAAGUCAAGACAAUGCUCAAAUUUUGAAUAAUGAUCAAGCAUCUCUCCUCUCAUUCAUGUCCGGGAUUAGAAAUGACCCUGGACAUGCUCUCAAGAGUUGGAACAGUUCGAGUGUUCAUGUUUGUAAUUGGUCAGGAGUGAGGUGCAACACUAACAGAGAUCGAGUGGUAGAGCUUAUUCUUAGUGGUAAGUCCUUGAGAGGCACCAUUUCACCAGCUAUUUCAAAUCUUUCUUUCUUGGCAAUUCUUGAUUUGUCCGGUAACUUCUUUGAAGGUCACAUUCCAACUGAUUUAGGCUAUCUUUUCCACCUCAAACAGCUCAGUUUAUCAUCCAAUCUUCUUGAAGGAAAAGUUCCUACUGAAUUGGGCUAUCUUAGACAAUUACAGUACCUUUCCCUAGGAAGUAACCAGCUCACCGGUGAAAUUCCGGUGCCAUUGUUAUGCAAUGGGUCUUCUUCUUUGGAGUAUGUAGACCUCUCUAACAAUUCUCUUAGUGGUUUAAUACCUUUGAGUAAUGAAUGUGAGCUUAGGGAAUUGGGGUUUCUUCUACUUUGGUCCAACAAACUUGUGGGUCAUGUUCCUCAAGCCCUUUCCAACUCUUCAAAACUCAAAUGGAUUGACUUGGAAUCAAAUUUUCUUUCUGGGGAGUUGCCAAAUGAGGUUGUGAAUAAAAUGCCACAGUUACAAUACCUUUACCUGUCCUACAACAACUUCAUAAGCCAUGAUGGUAACACCAAUCUUAAGCCUCUCUUUUCUUCUUUGUCUAAUUCCUCUAACUUGCAAGAGCUUGAAUUGGCUGGAAAUAAAAUUAGUGGGGAGUUACCUUCUAUUAUUGGUGAUCUUUCCAUUAAUCUUGUACAGAUUCAUCUUGAUGAUAAUCUUAUCUAUGGUUUCAUUCCUCCACAGAUUUCCAACCUUGUCAACCUCACUUUCUUGAACUUGUCUAGUAAUCUUCUGAUUGGAUCCAUCUCAACAGAACUAUGUAGACUUGAAAAACUAGAGAGACUUUAUUUGUCGAAUAAUUCACUCUCCGGUGAGAUUCCAUCGGCUUUUGGGAAUGUUCCCCAUUUGGGUCUUCUAGAUUUAUCCAAAAACAAGCUCUCCGGUUCAAUCCCAGAUAGUUUUGCUAAUCUCUCCCAGCUAAGGAGACUCUUGCUCUAUGAGAACCAGCUCUCAGGAACCAUACCACCAAGUCUAGGCAAGUGCAUUAACUUGGAGAUACUAGACCUUUCUCACAAUCAACUUUCAGGGUUAAUUCCUAGUGAAGUUGCAGGACUGGAAAGCUUGAAGUUGUACUUGAACUUGUCUAGCAAUUACUUAAAAGGGCCUAUACCACUAGAGCUGAGUAAAAUGGACAUGGUGCUAGCUAUUGAUUUGUCCUCAAACCACCUCUCUGAUACAAUCCCAUCACAAAUUGGAAGCUGCAUUGCCUUAGAACACCUCAAUUUUUCCAGGAAUGUUUUAGAAGGCCCGCUUCCAAUAUCGAUUGGUCGGUUGCCAUACCUUAAAGACCUCGAUGUGUCCUUCAACCAAUUAACAGGUGAGAUACCGCAAUCUUUGCAGGGUUCUUCAACUCUGAAACAGCUCAACUUUUCUUUCAACAAUUUCAAAGGGAAUGUGUCGAACAAGGAGGCAUUUUCAUCACUAAGCAUUGAUUCUUUCUUGGGAAAUCCGGGGCUUUGUGGUUCAAUCGAAGGCAUGAGAAUCUGCAAGAAAAAAAGGAUUUACCGUCUUGUCAUCUGGCCAGUUGUCCUUUCAUUAUUUGCAAUUCUAGUAUUGUGCAUGUUUGGGUACUCUCUAGCACUCAAAUCAAAAUUCAACAAGCAAUGUUCCAUUUUUACUGAAGAAAAUGGAGAAACUGAAAGGAAAGAAGAGCUCAAACACCCAAGGAUCUCUCACCGGGAGCUCAUUGAAGCCACAGGUGGGUUUAGCAGUUCAAGCCUAAUUGGGUCAGGUCGAUUUGGUCAUGUCUACAAGGGGGUCCUCCAAGACAGCACAAGAAUAGCUGUGAAGGUAUUGAAUUUGAAUGAUUCAAGAACAACACCAGCAGAGAUUUCAAGCAGUUUUAAUCGAGAAUGCCAAGUUCUAAAGCGAACGCGACAUAGAAACUUGAUAAGAAUCAUAACAAUCUGUAGUAAGCCAGAUUUCAAGGCUCUUGUUUUUCCAUUGAUGCCGAAUGGUAGCUUGGAAAACCAUCUGUAUCCGAGGCACGGUUUGAGGAACCAUGGGCUAGAUUUGGUUCAAUUGGUGAGCAUUUGCAGCGAUGUCGCUGAGGGAAUGGCAUAUCUGCACCAUCAUUCUCCUGUUAAAGUGGUGCACUGUGAUCUUAAACCGAGCAAUAUUCUUCUUGAUGAAGGCAUGACAGCUUUAGUAACUGAUUUUGGUAUUGCAAGGUUGGUAAAAGGUGGUGAUCAUAAGAAUGUUUCUUCUACACAUGAUGAUUCAGUUUCUUUCAGCUCUACUGAUGGCUUGCUUUGUGGAUCACUUGGUUACAUUGCUCCAGAAUAUGGAAUGGGAAAGCGAGCUUCCACACAAGGAGAUGUUUACAGUUUCGGAGUCCUUCUGUUAGAAAUCGUGACAGGAAAGCGUCCCACAGACGUCCUUUUGCACGAGGGUUCGAGCCUGCAUGAAUGGGCGAAGAGUUGCUACCCACAUAAACUUGAACCAGUGGUCCAAGAAGCACUUGAGAGGUGUGCACCCCAUAACAACCAGGUCUAUGACCACAAGGCUUGGCAUAGUGUGAUAUUUGAGUUGAUUGAGCUUGGGAUAAUUUGCACACAGUACAAUCCUUCAACAAGACCAACCAUGUCAGAUGUAGCCCAAGAGAUGGCUACGUUGAAGCACUAUCUUUCUAGUCCUUCCACCCUUCUCAUUGAAGAAGAAGAAGAAGAAAAAGCUUGUGCCAAAGUCAGUGUUAUCUGAUUAUGGAAAGAAGAAUUCAUCCACAGAGACGAACGCUUCCAUUUCAUUUCUUAUGUGUUUUUACACAAUAAAUGACAUGAAAUAUGUACAAGUAAGACUUACUUUAUUUACAAGAUAUUGACUCUUGUUAUUAUUUUUCGAAUGUAAUGAAUUAGUGGGAUGUAUCAUUAUUGUUAUCUUAUUCUGAGUAUUUUCUCUGAUUGAAUUUUGUAUACUAUUUGGAGACGAUGUAUGAUGGGUGUUAGACUUAUCCAAUAUAUACAGUAUUUCUAAACUA